ACAUCCUCUUCCCAACCCUCAAUGCGCCUGCUUUGAGCGCCGCUGUUCACCACUUCAACUCAAUCUUGAAGCUCUCAGCUUGCCUCAAACUUACCUCUACAGCUAAGGAGCUGAAACGAAAAAUUCUCGUUGAAUUUUCGACGUCUCCCAACCGCGAUUACAUCGAUAUCUGUGGACGCGCUGCCUUGGCGCGCGAUAACACAACACAAUAACAAAACCUCGAGAUGGUGGUACAGCUGCGGUCCAGGGGUAAGGUCGGUGGAUCAUCAGCUGAGCCUGAAGCGACAAGAAAACCGCGAAAACGUACUGGAAGACAGCAGUCAGAGAGACCUUCCGCGCUUAGGCCAAGCAUUGAGGUACAGAUCAGUGCAUCAGGGUCGAACUCAAGUCGACAGUCAACCAUUCAUGCAAUUCCGCAAGACCAGCCCUCUACCAGCCGAAGCCGGGUGACGAGAUCGAAAAGAGCCAAUACUCCCCAUGAAAAACUACCCUCGCCCACUCCGAGGAAACGUCGCGCUACGAACGCAAGUUCGAAAGACCAACCCGCCAAGCGCCAGCAUCGUUCUCGUCGCAAAGCUGCGCUGGAAAAUGCUGAGGAGGAUGAACAACCUCAGCUGAACCAGGAACACGAAGAGGCCUCAGAAGCGGAGGAAAACGCCUUGCCGGAGCACCCGGACUUUAUGAAUAUCAUCAAUUCGAACAUCCUAGGUAUCAACAGUUCUCGCAACGAGCUACCCAUCAAUGGCGAACUACACCCGGAGAGAGCUGGUAGGAGGAUUUCUGAGGCAGAAGUUCCUCAGAUUGCAGACUCGGACGAAAAUAUCGCCUUGGACGACAUACCACAGGAGCAGGAACUAGGCAACGCUGGAAAUAACCAAGCUUCAACUACAAGUCCUGAGCAACCAGAAGCACCGCAUGAAGAACUUCCAGUAUCUGAGCAGGAUGCCCCUCAAGCGACGCAAGUAAUGUCACAAUUUGAUACAUCUUCUCGAAGGCAAUCGUUACGACGAAAGCGUAGACGGCAGAGCCAGAAGCCGACUUAUGACGCACCUGGUUAUAAUGCAAGGGGCGUGUCCCCAGAUCUUGGUUCAGCAGUUCCUCAAGCGCCAGCCACAGAGGCAUCAGCGUCACAACAAGUCCACGCUGGGGGUGAUAUCUAUAACGUUCCGUCCGAUGGAGAGCAACCAAGUCAGCCGAUAGUGUUAAGAGGGGAGAAGGAGACCCACGGCACGCAUGCUGAACAUAGACGGAAAACUAAGCAGGGCAAACGACAAAGAAGUCAAACUGAGCAACAAAAUGAUCAAGCACCAUCACAGGCCGAGAAAGAGCAAGAAGAAGGGAGAAAUGAAGAGAGUGCCCGAAAGAAAGAUAAGAAUGGAGAUCAAGAUGGGGAAUAUGCGGAUGAAGGUCAAGACUCCGACAAUGAUGAGCCGGCAGCAGAACAAGAGCUUGAUACAUCGGAUCUGGUUGAAGAUUCGUUGCUGCUCGACGAACCACCAAGUGGUUUGCAAACAGCGCACCUAAUUCCUACCGCCUGGAUUAAACGAGAUACAGUACAGAAACUCGUUUGGACCACGACUUAUUCAGGGUGGAUGAAUGGAAGAAAGUGGAAGAAGGAUGCUCUCGAGCUCGCAAAAACAGCUUCUGAAGCAUUGAAAGAGGACGAACGUGUGCGAUCGAGGCUUAUCUUGGCUAAACUUUACGAUCUCUACGAACUUUGCAAGGAGAUCCCGUCAUCAUCGAUAUCACAGCAGCUGGAAUAUAUUCGCGAGCACACAGCCCAGCUCAACAGUUUAUACACCACACUUCGCGUGACUAUUGACGAGUUCAUUUCAUCCAUCAACACGAUAAUGGAGCAGGGCGACGCGAAGCAAGUGAGCAAGGGCUAUCAAUACGUGACAAAGUUGCACAGACGCAUCAUUCCUAUGCUGGUUCUGGUAUUAGAUCAAUCUUUCCAGGCUGGAUGCGGAAGACCUGGUGAAAGUGCCAAAAAGCUAGGCUUUCAAAAAGGAGAAUUUACAGUGUACACACUAGAGCCACUGGAGAGGGCUGCAGGCUGGGCCCUGAGACUCUCCCAGGUUGUGGAAAGCUGGUACGAGCUUCAUCCUCCCAGAAGAGAACGUGAUCAAGGCGAAGAGGCUAAGGAGCAUCGGGGAAUCUUCAGGGAAGCCACAAAGCAGCUAAAGAAAUCGCUCGAGAAGGCCAGAGAAAGCAUUGGUGCUAUUAAGAGAGCACCGAACCAACGAAGGAAAGUUAUGCAGAAGGAUGAAGCUGUUCGAAUGGAACGCGAGGCUGAUGCGCAGCGGCGCAGAAACAUCCAAGAUAUGCAGAUGCAGCGUUUUCUACAGUCGAUGCAGAAGAUUGAAUCAUCUCAACCGCGUCCGCCCACGAUAGGCUCAUACCGGCAGGCAGUGCGCAGCUACCAGUCCGCGACUAGUCGGUCACGCUUAAUCAGAUCGCAAGAGCCGUCGGAUGUUGAAUAUUUCGAGAAGCAUGGCUGGCACUACUGGGAAGAUGAUCAUCUCUUAAGCUUGAUCCGAACCACAUCCCACCCGAACUAUGAGAUCUUUGGCCGGGUGCUUCCUGAUCGAGAUCCCGAUGAGCUGAAAGAGCGGUCAAAUUAUUUGAGGAUGGUUAUGCGCGACAAGUAUGAGCGAAAGGGUAUUCAACCGCCCGGGUGGUGUGUUGCUGAAGAUUGAGACUAAGGUCAGGAGCUAUUGGAGUUGGGAGCAUUUGCUUUUACGAUACCCUGAACAAUGCGAGGUACGUCUCUUGGAAUUCAAGCGAACUGCGUAUGAUUAAUGAAAGAACGGUUACGAGUGUGCAUCGUUAUGGCAAAAUGUAUUAUUACCCAACGUACUACAGAACUCGCAUCGAUGGCGAAUCAGUCAUGAUGAACUCAUCGAGGCUCUCUUUGAUGACAUCAGGAUCCAAAGAAAGCUGGUAUUGAUUGUCAGCAGUUGAGUUGGUGUACGGAUAACGUUUCAUGUCUUCCAUGGACGCCUGAGGUUCUGCCAACGGCGUAAUGCCACAUCAUUGACGUCCAAGGUAGCAUUAUCUGUCUAUCACAUUGACACAUUCGGCGCAUCAAGAACAAAGCAUCCGUGAUUCCGCCAGCACAUACACACUUGGGCUCCCUGCAAUGGUGUGGUGAUUUAGACACUUGGCCUGUAUCAGCCUGGACAUAUUGCAUUGAUCUUUGGCUUCUUGUAUGAUUGAUCACAGACUUUGGAAUUGGUUGAAGCGCCUUUAACGCCACAUGUGAUGGUGAAGGGACCACGCUAUUGCCCGAGUAAGAAAAGCGGCGAAUCAGGUCUAGGUCGUUUGGGGUAAUAAGUCAACAGAUCAGGAUUUAUUUUGGUCAUCUUCACGCGUUUUCCACGCGCCGUGGGAGAUUUGAUAGAUCCAGCCACGAGCAUGGAUUUCGCCCUUUGACCCUUUGUCUUUGGGCUCUUAAUUGGCCUGAACCAAGAGAAUAUGAGGUUUAGGAUAAAGUAGCUCAUAGAUCUUCAGGCUUCUGAAAGCUACCCAGGUCGUGGCUUGCAUUAAUUGCCGUGCAUUGCAUAUAGUGCCUUACUUAGGUCGAUACAGCGGGUCGUCGCAUGCAGAACCAGAUGUUGCCCAAUGUCUAGGGCUUCUUUGGG